CCAAGUCUCUGUUUUUUUUCCUUACAUAAACACAUUUUUAAGUAGUUAAUUUCGAUGACAAACACAAUUUAGAAAACAAAAUAAAUGAAAUAUUAAAAAAAAAAUUAAUCAGAAGAAGAAGCGAAAAAAAAUCAACAAUUCAAUAAACUUGCAACCCAAAGAAAAAAUCACGAUUACAAUUAAAUUCCCCGUACGGCUCAAUUUAUUGGCACACAUAAGCUAAAAGUAGAUGAUUGCGGUAUGUGUUGAUUUCAAACUUCCUCUUGCUUGCAUACCUAUACUAUACUCACCGCCUUCCUGCUCUUUCAUGACGAAUGUACAAUAACGGUAUUAUAACGAUUUUAAGAUUAAAUAACCAAAAGCAAGAAGGUCAAGAAUCUUUUUAUAUACAUCGGAAAUUGGAAGACAAAAAAUAAAUAGAUUAAUAAAUCUAUAAAGUAAAAUAGGAACGGAAGAAAAGCAUAAAAGUAAAUCACUAAUAUAGCUUAAAAAAAAAUCAAAACUUCGCUCGGAUUUCCGUUGCCGGUUAAUGGAAUUUCAUUUUUCGUGAAAUUUAUUAUGUUCCCGGUUUAAAGUACUUUAAAAUAAAAACACACAUGUACAGAUCUUUUAUGCAAAAUAUGUCGAUCAAUAAUUUUUUAUUUGUUUGAUAGUUUAAUUUAUGCUUACAUUUUUCAUCUAUUUCUUAAAAGGUUCUCUUUUAUCUUUCUCAGAAGAAUGGCCUCAACAACAAAUGUUAAUUCUUAUCGAUUAGCCGAAAUGCAGACAAAUCAUCAUGACAAAAACAUUGACACUUUUAGUAGACGUUCGGAAUCUGCUACAGGAAGGAAAACAUUAACGGAAAGUCAACAAAACAAUUUUGCUGAUGCGAACGAACGACGUGAUUCUCUAGAGUUUUACAUUAAGUUUCCUUCGUUUGAAUAUAAUAAGAGUACGGGAAGUGCUGUUAGCAUCGCUCCACCCGAUGAAAAUGUGAUUGUUCAUAAUGAUAAAUAUGUACCCAUUGUUAUGCUACUAGGCUGGGCAGGUUGUCAGGACCGAUAUCUUAUGAAAUACUCAAAAAUCUACGAAGAUAGGGGAUUGAUGACUAUACGUUACACGGCACCCGUUGAUACUUUAUUCUGGCGACGCUCUGAAAUGGUCCCAAUUGGCGAAAAAAUCUUGAAACUUGUGCAAGAUAUGAACAUGCAUAAACAUCCGAUUAUACUUCAUAUAUUUUCAAACGGCGGAGCCUAUUUAUACCAACACAUAUCAUUGGCUACACGAAGAAAUAAAACCCCUCUAAAAAUACGAGGCAUGAUUAUAGACUCGGCACCAGGUGAACGUCGUAUCUUGGGCCUGUAUCGGGCAGUUACUGCUAUCUAUGGCAGAGAGCGGAAAAAAUGCCAUUGUUUAACAGCGGUCAUAAUUACGUUAACAUUAAGCUUUAUGUGGUUCGCAGAGGAGGCCUACUCAGCUUUUAAAAGUUUAUUUGUUAAAACCGAGCCAAUACAAACGAAUCCCUUCAAUGAUUUAAAAAACGAACCCAAUGAAUUUCCUCAGCUGUUUUUAUACUCUAAAGGAGAUGCUGUCAUCCCAUAUACCGAUAUUGAAAAAUUUAUUAAAAUACGACAAGAACAAGGUGUUGAAGUAAAUUCGAUUUGUUUCGAUGACGCCGAACAUGUAAAAAUUUUUACAAAGUAUCCAUCAAAAUACGUACAGUACGUAUGUAAUUUUAUUAAUAAAUGUUUAGGUUCACCUUACAGAGCGGAAUCGUUCGUUAGUACACCAAAUUCAACAAAUUCUAUGAGUUCAUCAUCUUUUAAGUACGAUUAAAUAUAACAAUUAAAAAAAAAUUAUUUGUAAAAAAAAGCAAAGCCAACCAGAAGAGAAAAA